AUGUAUAUAUUGGCCCUGGCAGUGUUGUUGAUUGUUGGAAUUCAUAUUCUGGGCAACCAAAAGGUGGCAGCCUCAUGCAAAGAAAGUACUGCUCCUUCUCUCAAAUCCAGAUGCUCCCGAUUCGUUCGAAUUCCAGGCCCAAAAGUUCCACCAUCUUACGCUUGUUGUCGAGCGGUGAAAGAAGUCACAGUAGGAGACCUUCCUUGUUUGUGCAAGCUUCUUACCCCAGCUGUGCAAAAGGUGAUUAGCAUGCGGAAGGCUGUCUAUGUUGCACGAACUUGUGGCCUUCCUGUCCCUCCUGGAACUGUAUGUGGAACUCUUCUUCAUCAGUUCAUGAACGCCCAGUUGGAAUGGUUCGAAGACACCUGUGAUAACGUGCAACCAGCGCAGCAGUGA